CCUCUCUUUCAACACCACCCCCACAGUCUCACCUCGCGCGCGGAAAGUAACAUGGCGGACGACCGCGAGAACUACCACCCAAAUCUGAUUCGCAUGUGGCGCGUCUACCGCACCACCAAGGAGAUGUGCAGAGACAGGGGCUACCAAAUGCUUGAUGAAGAUACCCAGAUAUCUCUCUCUGAGUUCGCAGCGAGAUAUGGGCGCGAAGACGGGGAGCCAGACCGCUCACGCCUCCACUUCUCCUGCCAACCCUCCGAAGAAAUGAUGCGGAAAUACACGCCACCGCCCUCCAAAACCGAGCCCGACCCGAAGCCCGACAUCGGCAACAUCUGGGUGGAAUUCAACUCGGACGAGAACGUCGGCCUCAAGCAGCUGCGCGACUACAUGCAGCAUCUGAUCAAUGGCUCCUUCUACUCCGGCAUCAUGAUCUGCAUGAAGCCCAUGACCGGCAUGGCGCUUCGAUUGCUACGCGGCGCAGCGGGCAUCCAGGAGGGACCAAAGGGCGGUGUAGAGGUCUUUGUUGAGCAAGAUCUGUUGGUGAACAUCACGAAACAUGAGCUAGUGCCGAAGCAUGUGCUACUGAGCAGGGAGGAGAAAGACCAGCUGCUAAAGCGGUAUCGCCUUAAGGAGACACAGUUGCCGAGGAUUCAGGUCACAGAUCCAGUUGCGAAGUACUUGGGGCUGAGGAGAGGGCAAGUUGUCAAGAUUAUCAGGAAAUCGGAGACCGCUGGUCGAUACGCGAGUUACCGGUGGGCGAUAUGAGAGAGAAAUUUGGUUAAGACUGUGCGGGCAGACCAAGAGGGCGAACUCUAUGCGCGCGGAGGUUCCCGUCCAAGCGCAUGACGAAACGUGCGAGAUACUUCAUCUGGCAAGGCGUUUGGCGAGCAAGGCUUUCCGAGCCAUUUCUGAGAGGCGCGAAAAGGAGUUGGGAUGGUUCGUUUCCAGAUUCCAUGCACCUAUCGAUACGCGUAUCUCCACCAUCCUGUGCCAGGAGAACCUUCACGCAUUCGGAGAACAGUGAGCGGGGAUUAGGCCUUACACAGCCAUCGCGGUCAUAUCCAGAAGUAUUACUUCAGUGUUUAGAAUGAGCAAGUGUAUUGCAUUUGUC